AUGGCGGCAGUUGCGGCUCCGACCCCCACCGAGUCAGUCCAGUGCUUCGGCCGCAAAAAGACCGCGGUCGCCGUCACCCACUGCAAGCGUGGAAGGGGGCUCAUCAAGCUCAACGGCACUCCAAUCGAGCUCGUCGAGCCAGAGAUCCUCCGCUUCAAGGCCGUCGAGCCCAUCCUCCUCCUCGGGCGACACCGCUUCGCCGGCGUCGACAUGAGGAUCCGCGUCAAGGGAGGCGGUCACACCUCUCAGAUCUACGCCAUCCGUCAGAGCAUUGCCAAGGCCCUCGUUGCUUUCUACCAGAAGUUCGUCGACGAGCAGAGCAAGAAGGAGAUCAAGGACCUCUUGAUCAGGUACGACAGGACUUUGCUGGUCGCUGAUCCCAGGCGUUGCGAGCCCAAGAAGUUUGGUGGUCGUGGUGCUCGUUCAAGGUUCCAGAAGUCUUACCGUUGA